AUGCCACCAGUCAAGCGCGAAUCACCUGACGACGCCUCGUCAGACCAGACGAACAUGAAAGCUAUAAUCAUAAUUAUCUUUACGUUCGUUGUCUUGAUAUUGUAUUUUCGUAUCUAUUUUUGGAUUGGAGAGUUCAAGGAAGGAGAAGGGGUAUUUCUGGAAUGGUUUAAUUCUUGGAAGAAGAAAAGGAAUGAAAGAAGAGGGAUAUGCUCUGAGGAGGAGAGGGAUGUUGAGAGGACGGAUGUCGAGGGGCAGAUGAGGGAGAGGGGGCCUUUGGAGAUGGUUAUUGGAGAGGAGGGAGAGGAGAGAAGUUUGGAUGUUACGGAUGUGAGGAAUGUGAUGGAGAGAAGGAAUGCGGGGACGGAGAGUGUGGAGGAUGUGAAGAUGAGUUUGAAGUCGUGUUUGAAGAAGAGGGGAGGAAAUAAGGGGAAGCAGAAGGAGAAGAGUGUCAGAUGGGUGGACGACGAAAUAUUGGAGGAUGUGGAUCUUACUGAUUUACUGAUGUCAGAAGAUGACACAUGGGAGGACGAGGAAGCAUCUGAGGAGGUAGAUGUUACUGAUGCAGUGAUGUAG